AUAUUUUAAAACAUAUUUUUCAAUUCAAUUUUGCAGUUUUACCACAAAAUGCAAUUUUAUAGAGUAAUUUCAGUAAGGAAAUUAUUUUUCAGUAAAACCCACGUUCUUCCAAAAACUCUGAAAAAUUUUUUAACUAGUAAAGUAGAUACGCCAAAAAAUGUUUAUUAUCAACACUACACAAAUUUACCAUUGCCAAAAAAUAAGAUUCUAGGAACAUACAUUUGGAUAGAUGGAAGUGGAAUAAUGAUGAGAUCAAAGGAUCGCAUUUUGAAUGAAAUGCCACCAGAUAUAAGUUGUAUUCCAAAGUGGUCUUUUGAUGGAAGUUCUACUGGACAAGCAAAAGCUGAAGAUUCGGACACAAUGCUUAUACCGGUAGCUAUGUACAAGGAUCCAUUUCGCAUGAGUCCACAUGUAUUGAUAUUAUGUGAAACAUUCUAUGGAGACGGAAAUCCGACAGCUACAAAUCAUAGAGCAAAAUGUGCACAAGUAUUAAGUAAUAUAUCAGACCAAGACCCUUGGUUUGGUAUAGAACAAGAAUACAUAAUAUUUGAUUCUGACAUGUGGCCAAUUGGUUGGCCAAAAUCUAGGGGAUUCCCAGCGACUGAAUCACUAUAUUCCUAUUGUGGGAUAGGGGAACACGUUGCAGGGCGAGAUAUUGUCGAAUGCCAUGCUAGAUCGUGUCUUUAUGCAGGAUUGGAUUAUGGGGGUUCUAAUGCUGAGGUUAUGAAGGGGUCUUGGGAAUUUCAAGUUGGACCUGUAAAAGGAAUAAAAGCAGCUGAUGACUUAUGGAUCGGACGUUAUUUGCUCAAUAGAAUUGCUGAAAAUUUUGGAAUGAUUAUAAGUUAUCACCCUAAGCCAAUGGGUAACGAUCAGCCAGGAAUUGGUUGUCAUCACAAUUUCAGCGUGAAAAAAAUGCGUGAUGACGGGGGUCUAAAAGAAAUAGAAAAGGUUUGUAACGUUUUAUGCGAACAACAUGCCGAACUGAUUAAAAAUUAUGGUCUUCAGGAUGGUGAAGAAAAUAAGAAACGUUUGACUGGUAAAUUUGAAACCGCUUCUUAUGAUUCGUGCAGAUGGGCUGUCGCAGAUCGUGCUGCGUCAGUCAGACUCCAAAGAAGCGUAAUUUCAAAUAAAAAAGGUUUCUUAGAAGACCGGCGUCCUGCUGGCGAUUGCGAUCCAUAUCGAGUAUGUGCUCUCAUAGCGUCAACGUGCAACACAGUUAAGUAAAAAGAUU